UAUCGGUGGUCCAUCAGGCUACGCGCCGAGCCGAGCGCGUUCUUAAAACCAGCACAAAUAUAUUACCUCUUACUGACACCUCUAUCGACAACCACGGGAUACAGGCCUGCCUUUUUGAAUUAAACAAAGUUGAAGGCUAUUUACAUAUUAGCAAAGCCCUGAUACACGUUGCUAUGCCUCCUCGUGGAUCCCGUAGUAAGGCAGCAUCCAUAGCUGUCUCGAAAUCGCCACCCCAAAGCACUAGUCCACAAGCCAACAAACGGAAGGUUGAUGACCAUCCCGAGCUGAAAUCCCCGCUAAGAAGGUCGAAACGGGUGAAAUCUACCGAGAUAAUAGGAAACUCAUCUUUACCUGGCCAAUCUGAAACCAACGAAGAAAAUACCUCUUCCUGGGGGCAAAAGUCGCAGAGUGCAAAAGGCACAUCAAAAGGCAAAGCUUACGGAGACGGUGUCGCCCUCCCUGUGAAAGAAGAAGUCGAGGAGGAAACAAAGCUCUCGAUCAAAAAGGAGCUUGACCAGGGAAGUACGGCGAAACAUGAAGAAGUGGAUGAGAAGACGACAGUGACGACAACUGUGUCAAAGAAAAGGAAGACUAAGAAGGAAAAGGAAUCUGAGAUGGUGCCGCUGAGAGCUAGGACACAGGGGCUGCGUAUGUGCGUGGGGGCUCAUGUCAGUGCAGCCAAAGGUGUUUUCAAUGCCAUCAACAACAGUGUGCACAUUGGCGGCAACGCAUUUGCCUUGUUCUUGAAGUCGCAAAGGAAAUGGGACAACCCGCCCCUACAAGAUGAUCAUAGAGACCAGUUCCGUCGCCUAUGCAUAGAGCACAAGUAUGACAGUGCAAAGCAUAUUCUUCCUCACGGCUCAUAUCUCGUGAAUCUGGCGCAAGAAGAUAAAGCCAAGGCGAAGCAAGCUUACGACUCUUUCCUGGAUGACCUUCGUCGCUGUGAAGCACUCGGUAUAACUUUGUAUAACUUCCAUCCAGGUAGCGCAAACCAGAGCAACUUCUCCGACGCCUUAUCACGACUUGCCAAAGCACUUACAAAUGCCCUUGCUGCUACUUCAACAGUCACACCAGUUCUUGAGACGAUGUGCGGCCAUGGAACCACAAUUGGCGGCAAAUUAACAGAGUUCCGCGACCUCCUUGCCAUGAUCCCGCGCGACUAUCACUCCCGCAUCGGAAUCUGCAUCGAUACUUGUCAUAGUUUUGCUGCAGGAUACGACCUGGCUUCGCCGGAAGGUUUCAAGGCUUUUAUGAAGGAAUUUGAAGAGGUCAUCGGUCUGCAGCAUCUCCGCGCCCUUCAUCUGAACGACUCCAAAGCACCGCGAGGUAGUAAACGUGAUCUCCAUGCCAACAUUGGGACAGGAUUCUUGGGCCUCAGGGCUUUUCACAAUGUCAUGAAUGAACCUCGCUUUGAGGGACUCCCCAUGGUUCUUGAAACACCUAUUGACCGACCGGUGUCCGUGAUAUCGAAGGACUCCACCCAAAAUGGCGAUGACGCAGAUAGCAACAGUGCUACCAACAACAACAAAAAGAAACAACCAAAAAGGCCGGCCAGCGCUAAGGAGCCUACCGCUGCCGAUCCCUCCGUCUGGGCCCGGGAGAUCGAACUGCUCGAAUCCCUGAUCGGAAUGGACCCUGAAAGUCCCGAAUUCCGUACGCUCGAGGCUCGAUUAGCUGAGGAGGGCCGUGAGAUGCGGGGGAAACAGCAAGAGCAGUACGAACGAAAGCUAGAAACCGAGGGAAAAAAGAAAACUAAGAGUCCGGGGAAGAAAAACCAGAAAACCCUGAUGGACGUGAUGAAAGGGGCGGGAAGGAAAAGCAAAGCGAAGAAAAUUUCAGCUGAGGACAGUGAAGAUGAAGGAUGCCAAAGUCAUACCGAGUAAUAGCGAACUUGUAUAUAAUUUACUCUCUGAAGAACAAAUCUUGCCCAUCACUUUUACAAUAUGUAUUUGUACCGUAACAAAGUACAUUGGCGUGUAAUGUAACGUUACAUGCUAUUCAAAUCAGAUUCCAACGC